AUUAUAUUUUAGUCAUUUUAUUAACAAGUCCACCUGGAUGCAGAUGGAAGUUAAAAAAUGAAAAGCAAACGAACAUAGCUGCAUUCAGAUGAUUCAUCUGGGUAAGACAUCUAGAUGUUCCAUCUAGCUGCAUGGACGAAAUAAAGAAACAAACAACGCCCAGAUAUUCCAUCAUCUAGAUGGACCAUCUGGAUGCAUCUUCCAGAUGUACAAACUAACAGGGCAUAUCCUUUGGAUUCUUUGCCGCAAGAAUUUGACCCAUGCCACCUAGUUGAACUCAAUUUGUCUUACAGUCAUCUUCAGAAACUUUGGGGAGGAACCAAGAACCUCGACAUGUUGAAGACGUGUAAGCUUUGUCAUUCCCAGCAGCUGACUGAGGUUGACGAUCUUUGUAAAGCUCAAAAUAUCGAGCUAAUUGAUCUCCAAGGCUGUACAAAACUGCAGAGAUUUCCAGCCACCGGUCAACUACGUCAUCUCCGAGUUGUAAAUCUUUCAGGCUGCACAGAGAUCAGAAGUAUCCCAGAGGUUUCACCUAACAUUGUGGAGCUUCAUCUCCAGGGAACUGGCACAAGAGAAUUACCAAUAUCUCUUGCAAAGUUCAAAGGUAAACUAAUGAGUACACCCCAUAGAUGCAAGUCGGUCACACCAGAGCUUGUGCAAGCAAUAAGAGCAUCGAAAGGUUCGAUUGUCUUGCUCUCAAAGAGCUACGCCUCUUCGAGUAGGUGCUUGGAUGAGCUGGUAGAGAUUAUGAAUUGCAAUAAAGAGCUGGCUCAAAAAGUAGUGGCCAUAUUCUACAACGUGGCUCCUUCCGAUGUUAGGCUUCAGAGUGGAGACUUUGGGAGGGCCUUUCAAACUACGUGCAUAGGCAAAUCAGAGGAUGAGAAACAGAAGUGGGCGCAGGCUUUGGCCGAUGUUGCGUAUAUACAGAAAAGUAAAUCAACUGUAUCUAUCAGAUAAUCUUAAAACUUUUUGACGUUAAAACAUACUAAGAAUCAAAAUGGUAAGACUUAACUUUGAUUUCAAAUGCUUUUAUGUUUUCCAAAUCUUGCCAUACUAUGAGUAAUGAUGUACAUUACGCAACCAUGUGUUGACUAUCUUCGCUUUCCUCAUUGUAUACGCUUGCUGCUCUUGGACUUACUUGUUUUAGCAUUCCUCUUGAGCUACACAUU